AUGGCAGGAGCACCACGAAGUGCGUGUCCGACGCCUCUCAUUCUCGUUCUUCUUCUUUCGCUGCUGUGUUUCGCCGCUCCCACCGCGGCCUUCUUUGGCAGAGGGGGACAGGCACCUGCACCUCCCCCCGCGGAGCAGGAAGAGGUGGACUACUACGCCGUGCUUGGCUUGACCGAGGAGGCCACGGAGAAGGAGGUGCGGCAAAAGUUCCGUGAGCUCUCCCGCAAGUACCACCCUGAUGUGGCAAAGUCUGCGGAGGCCAAGGCGAUGUACGGCAAGAUUAACCGCGCGAACGCGGUUCUCUCCGACAAGAAGAAGCGUCGCAUGUACGACAUGCGGGGUGAAGAGGGUCUGCGGCAGCUGGAGCUGGCAUUGAAGCAGGGUGACCAAGGGAAUUCCAUGGAUCCUUUUGCCCGGCUCUUUGGCAUGGGUGGCGGCGGCGGCCUGCGCGGGUCUAAUUCUGAGGGCACACUUCACGUCGAUCUCGAGGAUGUGUAUAGGGGAGGUAAGAAGGCCUUUGUGUUUAACAAGCAGAAGGUGUGCACCAAGUGUAAGGGUAGUGGCGCCUCCAAGGGCAGUGGCGUGGUGAUCUGCUCGCACUGCCGCGGUCACGGUGUUGUGAUUCAGCGUCUGCAGCUCGCCCCGGGCAUGUACCAAGACAUGCAGCAGGCCUGUCCGCAGUGUCAGGGAAAAGGGCGGGUGGCAAAGCACAAGUGCCCCGCGUGCAACGGCAACAAGGUUGUCCGCGGCGACGUCACGCUGACGAUGGAUAUUGAGCAGGGCGUGCCUGAGGGGCACAAGGUGAGGUUUGAGAUGGAGUCCGAUGAGUCGCCAGAGCUUGUUCCCGGAGACCUCAUCAUGACGGUGCUUACGAAGCCGCAUCCGCGCUACUCGCGCCGCUCAAACGGCCUCGACCUUGACGCCUCGCUUACCGUGACGCUGAAGGAGGCACUCUUGGGCUUUGAGCGCCGCAUGGAGCACCUGGACGGGACGGAGGUGGUGGUGCGCGCCACCGGCGUGACGCCGUACGGGAAGGUGCUGAAGCUCCGCGGCAAAGGCAUGCCGCGGCACCACCUGCCGUCGGAGAAGGGGGACCUCUACGUGAAGGUGAUGUUUGAGCUGCCAAGGUCCCUGACGGAGGCGCAGAAGAAGGAGAUUGCGGAGCAACUCUGA